AUGGCGACUUCGGGUCCGAUCACGACGCCCUUCACGACGCUCAUGGGCAUACGGCACCCCGUCGUGCUCGCCGGCAUGGCGCGUACCUCGGGCGGCAAGCUCGCGGCGGCCGUGUCCAACGCCGGCGGACUCGGCGUCAUCGGCGGCUUCCAGUACACGCCCGACCAGCUGCGGGAAAUUGUGGCCGAGAUGAAAGCGCACUUCUCGCGGGCCGACCUGCCCUUUGGCGUCGACCUCGCACUGCCUCAGAUCGGCGGUAGCGCGCGCAAGACGAACCACGACUACACGGGCGGCAAGCUCGACGAGCUCAUCGACAUCACCAUCGAGAGCGGCGCUCGGCUCUUCGUCUCGGCCAUCGGCGUGCCCCCGAAGCACGUUAUCGACCGACUGCACGCGGCCAACAUCGUCGUCAUGAACAUGGUCGGCCAUCCGAAGCACGCCGUCAAGGCACUCGACCUCGGCGUCGACAUCGUCUGCGCCCAGGGCACCGAGGGCGGCGGACACACGGGCGACGUGGCCAACUCGGUCCUCAUCCCCUCCGUCGUCGACGUCGCGCGCCGGUACCGACCGCCGAUGCUCAGGGGGGGCACGGCCAUGGUGCUCGCCGCCGGAGGCAUCCACAACGGCCGCGGCCUCGCGAGCUCGCUGAUGCAGGGCGCCGUUGGGGCCUGGGUCGGCACGCGCUUUGUCGCCUCGUCCGAGGCCAACUGCAGCGACGAGCACAAGCAGGCUGUCGUCGAAUGCGGCUACGACGAGACCGAGAGGUCGCUCGUCCUCAGCGGCCGACCCGUUCGCCUCCGACCCAACGACUACAUCAAGCGGUGGAACAGGAAGCCGCAGGAGAUUCAGGCGCUCUGCGACCGCGGCAUCGUCCCUAUCGAGCACGACUUGGACAACGGCGCCGAGGACAUUGACAUUCCCCACCUCAUGGGCCAGGUCGCCGGCGCCAUCACGCGGGUGCAGCCGGCGCGGGAGAUUGUCGACGACAUGGUGGCCGAGGCUGUCGAGAUGCUGAAGCUGGGCCAGACGUACCUAGGUGCGACGACAGCGAAGCUGUGA